AUGUCCAGCACAGCAAAGACUAUACUUUACUUUGGUGAUCAGACGGACCAAUGGAUCGAUGGGCUCGACUUCAUUCGAAAAGAAGCCCGGUUUGCACCGUGGCUUCAAAAGUUUAUGGCAGAUGCAUGCCAAAAACUCAAAGAAGAGAUGAAGGAUUGCGAAAGCAUUAUUAGAGAUAGUUUAGGGGACUUUGCCACCCUUUACGACUUGGCAGAGAUGUAUCGCCACACACCAGACGAGACAGGGUUUGCGAAUGCAUUCCUCAUCUACAUUAUGAGAGCUGCGAUGCUACUACGGUGCAUCAAGCGUGAACCUCACCUGUUGGACAAAUCUGAAAGUGGGCCUGAGUGGCUGGGAAUAUCAGGUGGCUUGAUGAGCCUGGCACCACUCGCAGUUGCCAAAGAUUUUGAUACUCUCUACGACGCCUGUGUCGACGUAGCUGGGCUUUUUUGCAGAGUUUCCAACUUUUGUUGCAUCCGGUCGAGGGCAGUUGAAGACAAGUCUGGCACAUGGGGCUGGGCGGUGCUGGGAAUCUCGAGGGAGGAUCUAUCCUCGGUUUUGGAUGAAUAUCAGAGCAGCGUGGGUAUCCCUCCACUGAAAAAGGCUCAUGUAGCGGUCAUUGGUGAUCGUUGGGCUAGCAUUAUUGGGCCACCGACUGUGCUGGACCGAUGCCUUAAAGAGUGUCCAACUUUGAACGGCCUUGCCAAGAAUAAGCUGAAUAUCCGAUCCCUCCAGCACGCCAUUCCAGUCUCGGAUAUUGAUCUUGAUUACAUCGUUGGAAAUUCGGACUUGGUCAACAAGAGGUUGGAUGCCAAGCACAGGAUUUGGGGAACAGACAAUCCAGAUGCCAUUUACGGCACAUUGGGUGAAGUGCUACGAGCCGCUGUUUUGCAGUGCGUAUCUCGACCUCUGGACAUUGUUGAGGUCGUGAAGGGUAUGGCAAAACACCUGGACUCCUGCGAUCAAAUCGAUAUCAAGGUCCUGGGCACCAGUGGUCAUACUCCUUACAUUGCGACGGCUUUGAAGAAGCAAGGAAGAGCCGUCAAUGUGCACCAUAUCAUUGGCGCCCCCAAAAACCAGAUAUCCCAUGUUGUCCAAAGUCCGAACGGAAUUGCCAUCGUAGGCAUGGCCGGCCGGGGGCCUGGGAGCGAUGAUCUUGAGGAAUUCUGGAGCGUCCUUAUGGAUGGAAAGGACAUGGCCGAGGAGAUAACCCCAGACCGGUUCGAGCUCGACGAGUUCUUUGCCACAGAGCAUGAUUACAAAGACCCCAAGUGCACAACGACUUCAAAGUUUGGGUGCUUCAUGAACAAACCGGGAAACUUUGAUGCUCGCUUUUUCCGAAUAUCGCCUAGAGAAGCCAUCUUCAUGGACCCGGGACACCGGCAGUUCCUUAUGAGCUCCUACGAGGCCCUGGAAAACGCCGGAUAUUCAGACGGCAAAUCUAGAAAUGUUGAUCCAGGCAAGAUAGGCGUUUUCUUUGGACAGAGCAAUGACGAUUGGAAUGGGAUUGCUCACCACCUAAAGGGCUGCGACGCUUACACGUUGCAAGGUGCACAGCGAGCUUUUGGGGCUGGUCGCUUGGCUUUCCACAUGGGCUGGGAAGGCCCCACGUACUUUCUGGACUCGGUUUGCGCCACGGCAUUUUCCUUAAUUCAUUUUGCAUGCCUUAGCCUGUUUGCUGGUGACGUUGAUAUGGCUGUGUGUGGCGCCGCGAACGUGGUGGCAUAUCCGCACUCGUGGACAAGUCUCAGCAAAUCCGGUAUUCUUUCCAAGACGGGCAACUGCAAACCGUUCCGUGAAGAUGCCGACGGCUAUUGCAGGGCUGAUUUUGUCGGCAGUGUAGUGCUUAAGAGGCUUGGUGACGCCGUUGCUCACAAUGAUAAUAUCCUCGCCGUUAUUCCAGGGUCGGGCAGGAACCACAGUGGCAAUUCUCCAUCCAUCACCACCUCGGAUGCUGAUGCUCAAGAGAGGUUGUUUAACAAGGUUCUGGCAAACGCAGGAGUCCUCCCGGAUGAGAUCUCCUAUGUAGAGAUGCACGGCACCGGCACGCAGAUUGGGGAUCCGGCUGAGAUGCGUGCAGUCUCCAAAGUCUUCAAACAUCGGCGAAGCGAUGAUCUGGUGCUGGGAUCCAUCAAGGCCAACAUUGGCCACAGUGAAGCCGCUGCGGGCAUGUCUUCAUUGCUGAAAUGUAUUCUCAUGUUUCAAAAGGGCGUGAUGCCGCCGCAAGGAGGGAUGCCGCAUGCUCUUAACCCAAAGUUUCCGUCACUCAAGCAGGCAAAAUUGGAGAUAUUGUCCGCGGCAAGGGAGUUCAAGCGACAGGAUAACAAGCCACGACGUGCCAUGAUUAAUAACUUUGACGCCGCUGGGGGCAACGCUUGUCUACUAGUGGAGGAAUACAGUGGCCUACCUGCUUUGACCGACGGCAUUGUUCAAGUACCCUGGGCGGAACACGCUGUGGUUGUGUCGGCAAGAACAUCAUCAUCUCUUGAUGCUAACAAGCGUAGGCUAAUGGGAUAUCUCGAGAAAAACCCCGAUUGCCGAAUUGAAGACGUUUCAUACACGACAACAGCAAGAAGGAUACAUCAUCCAAUCAGAGCUGGGUAUCUCGUCUCUUCGAUUGCACAAUUAAAGUCUAGCCUGGCCUCAGACAUAUCAUCAGAGCAGAAUAAGCAAACAACGGCAGCAGCAAAACCUGUCGUGCUUGUUUUCACAGGGCAAGGAUCUGCCCAUGGUGGCAUGGGUGGCGAGCUGUACAGAACAAGUUCCGUAUUCCGCAAAAAGGUCGAUCAAUGUGUCAAAAUCUGUGCCGACCACGGCUUUGCGCAAUUCUUGGACAUUAUCACAGACACAGAUCUAGACCUUUCCACCAAAGAGGCAGUACAGACCCAGCUGGCUUUGCUCACCCUUGAGAUCUCCCUCGCAUACCUUUGGCAGUCUCAGGCAGGACUGGAGCCGAGGAUGGUCAUGGGCCACUCCUUGGGUGAAUACGCGGCUCUUCACGUUGCGGGAGUUUUGUCACUUACCGAUAUGUUUUAUCUGGUUGGCAAGCGAGCUCAGCUCCUGGAAGAGCUUUGCGAUCCAGGCUCGUGCACAAUGUUGUCAGUAGCUGCGACUGCGGAAACGGUGCAGGAACUUAUCGAUGCAAAACCGGACGCUCUAUGCUCCAUUUCCUGCUCAAACGCUCCCAAAUCAACCGUCAUUGGUGGCUUGGUAGAUGAUAUGAAGCAACUUGAAGGAGAGAUGAGCAAAUUUGGUCCGAAGCAGCUCCCAGUUCCUUACGCUUUCCACACAUUCCAGAUGGAUCCUAUUCUGGAGCCAUUGGAAAACCUCGCAAGAGGAGUCACCUUCUCGGCUCCCAAGUUUCCGGUUGCUCCUACACUGCUUGCAAAGAUUGUUGACUCUGAAGGAAUUUUUAACCCAAGCUAUAUAACACAGCAAACUCGACAGCAAGUUCAGUUUGUCAAGACCAUAAAAGCCGUCGAGGAGAAGCUUGGUGGGGCCAUUUGGCUUGAGGUCGGACCGUCUCAGGUUUGCGGCUCAUUCGUAAAGGCAACAGUGAAUUCUCCUCCAGACUCAGGAGCAAUCCUGUCGACUCUGCAAAAAGGGUCCACGAGUUGGUCAUCCUUUUUGACGUGUGUAAUUAGGCUGUACGAGCAGGGGGCCGAGAUUGAUUGGCUUCGGCUUUAUUCCCCUUACCGAGAAGGUCUUAAAUUGGUCAACCUUCCCACAUAUGCCUGGGACUUGCAGGAGUUUUGGAUCACGCACACGGAAAGGGGACGCCAGAGUUUGAACACACUAUCAGUCCCAGGGCAGACGCAUAUCUCCACAUGCGCGCAGGUAAUUGUUGAGGAAACAUCGAGCCGGGUUGUCAUACGAACCUCGAUGACCGACCCAGGAAUGCAGGCUAUCAUCGAGGGCCACCGUAUCCGCGAUGCCAUCUGCCCUGGAAGCGCCUUUUGUGAUGCGGCCUUGACCGUCGCUCAACGUCUAUUCGAGAGAAAUGAGAGGUUCAAGGCCAAGGGGAAGCCGGUCUUGACCAUCCGCAACUUAUCCCUGCGGAGCCCUCUUCGGAAGGAACCCGGUCCUACAUCAGAGGAUCUCGUCACCACGGCCAUGGUUUCGGUACAAUCUUCCGAUGAUUCUCAAGUAACUUUCAGUUACCGCAACAAAAUAUUGGGAGGCUGUACAGUUUCAAUCUCUGAGGGGGCAGGGGAAGAAUCUGCCCGGUCUAGAACAAGCUUCUUCAUCAAGGCCAGAUUGGACGAUCUUGUCGCAAAAGCCAAACAAGGGUUGGGCCACAGAAUCCAGUCAGGCAUUUUUUACUCUCUGUUUGCAUCCACAGUGCAGUACAGCCCUGAUUUCAAGCGUUUGAAGGAGGCAUAUAUAUCAGAGGAUUUUACCGAAGCCGCGGCCGAGAUAACCUUGGAAUCCAACCCGAAUGGGACACGGUUCACAUCAUCGCCGUACCACGGUGAAAGCCUGGUUCACUUGGCCGGUUUCCUACUCAAUUCGAACCCAUCGAGGCCUCGCAGCUCCGAAACUACCUUCAUGAUGGACAACCUCGAAAGCGUCCAGACCAUCAAUGCGGCGGCCUUGGUUCCCGGGGAAACAUAUUGGACUUUUGCCAGGUUGUCCUCUAGGACCGACGAUUCGGCGACGUGCGAUUUGUGGGUUUUUCAGCAGAGCCAGGGCUCUUCCGAAUUGGUCAUGUUUUGUUUUGGGCUGCGCUUCCACGAAGUGAACAAUGUCGUGCUCGACAGGCUGCUCGGAAAAAACAAGCCUCCAGCUCAGGUUUCUGAAGAUCGCCCAAAGUACAACAAAUCGUCAGAGCACCAAGUUAUAAAUCUUGCUCCUGCGGUACCUUCGUAUCCACCUCAAGUGUCCGGACCCAUCGAAAACCAUGACACUCCCGCCGCUGCUGCAUCGGUGAAGCAGAGCAAUGGUCUUUGCGCAGCGAUACUUGAGAGCAUUUGCAGAGAGACGGGGACGGACCUUUCGCAGCUUACCGACGACACUGCUCUGGCAGACAUUGGUGUUGAUUCCAUCAUGGCCAUUGAAAUAACCGCGUCCGUGAACAAGGAAACCAACAUCACCUUGACGUGA